AUGGCGGCGACGCGUCGCCUCUCGUCAUCCUACCUUCUCCUCGCCGUGCUUCUGGGCGCAGUGGCUGCCGCCACCGCCUUCUUCGUCGACGAAGCGGCGGCUGCCGGCGUCGGGCUUGGCCACGGCGCCCGCUUCGCGCGCAAGCAUGGACGUGCUGCCGCCGAGCUGCCGCAGCCGGAGCCACAACCCAAACCUCAACCUGAGCCGGAACCCCUGCCCCAGCCAGAACCCAAACCCGAACCUAAACCGGAGCCCAAGCCACGUCCAGAGCCUAAACCUGAGCCAUUACCUCAUCCUGAACCAAAACCUGAGCCUCGUCCAGAGCCUUUGCCAAAACCUGAGACACACCCUAAGCCAACGCCCAAACCAGAGCCAAAGCCCAAACCAGAACCGGUGCCCCAGCCUAAGCCUGAACCAAAGCCCAAGCCGGAGAAGCCUGAGCCUAGACCAGAACCAAAACCUGAACCAGUGCCGAAACCAGAGCCUAAGCCUGAGCCCAAGCCGGAACCAAAACCCGAGCCUAAGCCUAAGCCCAAGCCGGAACCACUGCCGAAACCAGAGCCUAAGCCUGAGCCCAAGCCGGAACCAAAACCCGAGCCUAAGCCUGAGCCCAAGCCGGAACCACUGCCGAAACCAGAGCCUAAGCCUGAGCCCAAGCUGGAACCAAAACCCGAGCCUAAGCCUGAGCCCAAGCCGGAACCAAUGCCCAAACCAGAGCCUAAGCCUGAGCCCAAGCCGGAACCAAAACCCGAACCACUGCCUAAGCCUGAGCCCAAGCCGGAACCAAAACCCGAACCACUGCCGAAACCAGAGCCUAAACCUGAGCCCAAGCCAGAACCACUGCCCAAACCAGAGCCUAAGCCUGAGCCCAAGCCGGAACCAAAACCCGAACCACUGCCUAAGCCUGAGCCCAAGCCGGAACCAAAACCCGAACCACUUCCCAAACCAGAGCCUAAGCCUAAACCGAAGCCAGAGCCCAAGCCUGAACCAAAACCUAAACCAGAGCCCAAGCCUGAACCGAAACCGGAGCCUAAGCCUGAACCGAAGCCCGAGCCAAAACCGAAACCAGAACCCAAACCAAAGCCAAAGCCUGAACCGAAGCCGGAGCCUAAGCCCGAACCAAAGCCAGAGCCCAAACCAAAACUGGAACCUAAGCCAGAACCAAAGCCAGAGCCUCAACCGAAACCGGAGCCUAAGCCGGAACCAAAACCAGAGCCUGAGCCCAAACCAAAGCCUGACCCGCCGCACAUCCCACCGGCAGCUGACAACUGA